UGCGCCGCCUCGCGGGGAUGAAGCACCGGCCGUGAAGAUGGAGGUGACCUGCCUUCUACUUCUGGCGCUGAUCCCCUUACACUGCCGAGGACAAGGAGUCUACGCUCCAGCCCAGGCCCAGAUUGUCCACGCGGGCCAGGCGUGUGUGGUGAAAGAAGACAACAUCAGUGAGCGCGUCUACACCAUCCGGGAGGGUGACACCCUCGUGCUGCAAUGCCUUGUCACCGGGCACCCUCGGCCCCAGGCUUGUUCAGAAGUGAAAGCAACGCUGCCAGCCUUCAGGCUGGUGUUUGUGUCAGAUGUGACUAUCAGGGAUGGCUCUCCCGACGCCAGGGAGGCAGCUGGGCCAUCUUCCCCUGAGGCUGCGCUGGCCAUCUACCUGGACGAGCCAGUGCUGACGGUGCACCAGACAGUGAGCGAUGUUCGAGGCAACUUCUACCAGGAGAAGACAGUGUUCCUGCGCUGCACCGUCAACUCCAACCCUCCUGCCCGCUUUAUCUGGAAGCGGGGCUCUGACACCCUGUCCCACAGCCAGGACAACGGAGUUGACAUCUAUGAGCCCCUCUACACCCAGGGGGAGACCAAGGUCCUGAAGCUGAAGAACCUUCGGCCCCAGGAUUACGCGAGCUACACCUGCCAGGUGUCUGUACGCAACGUGUGUGGCAUCCCGGACAAGGCCAUCACUUUCCGGCUCACCAACACCACGGCACCACCAGCCCUGAAGCUGUCUGUGAAUGAAACUCUGGUGGUGAACCCUGGGGAGAAUGUGACGGUGCAGUGUCUGCUGACAGGCGGUGAUCCCCUACCCCAGCUGCAGUGGUCCCAUGGGCCAGGCCCGCUGCCCCUGGGGGCUCUGGCCCAGGGUGGCAUCCUCAGCAUCCCUUCAGUGCAGGCCCCGGACUCUGGCUACUACAACUGCACAGCCACCAACAAUGUGGGCAACCCCGCCAAGAAGACUGUCAACCUGCUGGUGCGAUCCAUGAAGAACGCCACGUUCCAGAUCACUCCAGACGUGAUCAAAGAAAGUGAGAACAUACAGCUGGGCCAGGACCUGAAGCUGUCAUGCCAUGUGGAUGCAGUGCCCCAGGAGAAGGUGACCUACCAGUGGUUCAAGAAUGGCAAGCCAGCACGCAUGUCCAAGAGGCUGCUGGUGACCCGAAACGACCCUGAGUUGCCCGCUGUCACGAGCAGCCUAGAGCUCAUUGACCUGCACUUCAGCGACUACGGCACCUACCUGUGUGUGGCUUCCUUCCCAGGAGCACCUGUCCCUGACCUGAGCGUCGAGGUCAACAUCUCCUCUGAGACAGUGCCACCCACCAUCAGUGUGCCCAAGGGCAGGGCAGUGGUGACCGUGCGCGAGGGCUCCCCCGCAGAGCUGCAGUGCGAGGUGCGGGGCAAGCCACGGCCGCCCGUGCUCUGGUCCCGCGUGGACAAGGAGGCUGCUCUGCUGCCCUCGGGGCUGCCUUUGGAAGAGACCCCGGACGGGAAGCUGCGGCUGGAGCGCGUGAACCGCGACAUGAGUGGGACCUACCGCUGCCAGACCGCUCGCUAUAAUGGCUUCAACGUGCGCCCCCGCGAGGCCCAGGUGCAGCUGAACGUGCAGUUCCCACCCGAGGUGGAGCCCAGCUCCCAAGACGUGCGCCAGGCUCUGGGCCGGCCCGUGCUCCUGCGCUGCUCGCUCCUCCGAGGCAGCCCCCAGCGCAUCGCCUCGGCCGUGUGGCGCUUCAAAGGGCAGCUGCUGCCUCCGCCGCCCGCCAUCCCCGUCGAGACCUCCGACCACUCGGAGCUUCGCCUCGACGCCGUCACCCGCGACAGCAGCGGCAGCUACGAGUGCAGCGUCUCCAACGACGUGGGCUCCGCGGUCUGCCUCUUCCAGGUCUCCGCCAAAGCCUACAGCCCGGAGUUUUACUUCGACACCCCCAACCCCACCCGCAGCCACAAGCUGUCCAAGAACUACUCCUACGUGCUGCAGUGGACCCAGAGGGAACCUGACGCUGUUGACCCCGUGCUCAACUACAGACUCAGUGUCCGCCAGUUGAAUCAGCACAGCGCCAUGGUGAAGGCCAUCCCAGUGCGGCGUGUGGAGAAGGGGCAGCUGCUGGAGUACAUCCUGACCGACCUCCGCGUGCCUCACAGCUACGAGAUCCGGCUCACGCCCUACACCACCUUUGGGGCCGGGGACAUGGCAUCUCGUAUCAUCCACUACACAGAGCCUAUCAACUCUCCCAAUCUGUCAGACAACACCUGCCACUUUGAGGAUGAGAAGAUCUGUGGCUACACCCAAGACCUGACAGACAACUUUGACUGGACACGGCAGAACGCCCUAACCCAGAACCCCAAGCGUUCUCCCAACACUGGCCCCCCCACUGACAUCAGCGGCACCCCUGAGGGCUACUACAUGUUCAUUGAGACUUCAAGGCCCCGGGAACUGGGGGACCGUGCGCGGUUGGUGAGUCCCCUGUACAACGCCAGCGCCAAGUUCUACUGCGUGUCCUUCUUCUACCACAUGUACGGGAAGCACAUCGGCUCCCUCAACCUCCUGGUGCGGUCUCGGAGCAAAGGGGCCCUGGACACCCACGCUUGGUCCCUCAGUGGCAAUAAGGGCAACGCAUGGCAGCAAGCCCAUGUGCCUAUCAACCCAAGCGGACCCUUCCAGAUUAUUUUUGAGGGGGUUCGAGGCUCGGGCUACCUGGGAGAUAUCGCCAUAGAUGAUGUCACACUGAAGAAGGGAGAGUGUCCCCGGAAGCAGAUGGAUCCCAAUAAAGUGGUGGUGAUGCCGGGCAGUGGAGUGCCCCGCCAGCCCCACCCGCAGCUCUGGGGGCCCGUGGCCAUCUUCCUCUUGGCGCUGCAGAGAUGAUGAGAGCUACGUGGCCCCCCACCCCGCCCCUGGCACACCAAAGUGUCUGCAUCGUACCAAAGACUGACCCCCGCCAGCCGGGGUGCCUGGGGCAGGGCCAGCCCACCAGGGAGGGGCCCACGUUGGCUGCGAGGAUGAGCAGAGAACAAGGACAGAGGCCCGCGCUGAGGCCCUGCAGACAGUUGUUCAAGACACGCACACAUUCACACACUCACACCCACACUCACACAGAGAUAUAUUAAAGCACAAGUUUCUACUCGACCUGCCAGCCAGCACCUUCUUUACUGCAGAGACAGGGGACUCACCUGAAUGGUUUCUGCCACCCCAGGGACCUCGGCACCGUGCAGGCCUUGUCCAGGCUGUACCCAUGGUGUUUCUGCUCUCACUCCAUCCCUAACUUAAGGCUGAAUUCCAGCCCCUGUGGCUUUACCAGAAAAGGAGCAGGCACAGGAGCCUUGCCCUUGACUGGACUCUGGGACUCCCUGGGAUGGGGGAGGCUGGGGUCAGAUGGGGCCAGGGGGACUUUGUGAGCUCUGUGAAUGUCCCAAUGCAGAGGACAAGGAAGGUGAGGCACCUGCUGCUUGCAACUCUGUUCCUGGGGCAAGGGCCAGAAGGUCACCUAGGUCCCCUGACCUGUUCCUGGGAUGUCAUAUUCCCCCUUCUCUGUGCCCCCUUUGAAGGGACUCAGCAUGGGGUCUUGGGCCUGGCAGUCUGAAGAUUGGCACCUUCCCCUGCUACUCCACGUCCCGUGAAGCAUCUGGAUUCCUGAGCACACCGCCCCACCCCAGCAGGCUGGCCUAACCUCUGCCCCAGCGCAUCUCCGAAGAGCCAGGGCAGUGGUGGCCAGGCCCUCUUCUGGGGUGAGGCUUGACUCUGAAAGGGGCAGAGAAGUCCCUUUCACAAUUUGUGUCCCAUGUCUGACACUGAACUUGGGAGUGGAGUGGAGCCUCCGUUUCUUUUGUACUUGGCAUGAGGGUUGCCCGGGUUGGGAGGGUGCGUGUAGGGCGGCUGCCCUGCCCUCCUCCACUGGAAUCGCUGUCCAGUGCGCCGCUCCCAGGGUCAGUGAAGGAGGAGGAGUCUGUAGAGCUGGGGUGAGGGUUGGGUAGUUGCUGGUCACCCUGCUCCCUGGGAGCUGAGCUCAUGCCCCCAGCAUCCUGUCCCUGGGCCCCGGGCCAGGAGCCUGAGUGGUGCAUGAUGGGAUCUAGACCUCUCCUCCUCAGCAUCGCCCCCGAGCCCCCACCCAGCUGACCGUGGGAGAGAGGAGGCCGGCCCCUUCCAGGGUGAGUCUUCACACGUGUGGGCACGUGGCCAUGUGUCUGUGGGUGUGUACAUGUGUGUGCAUGUAUGGGCGUGUUUGUAUCUGUGUAGCACUGUGGGUACAUCUCUGGGCACGAGUGUGUGCAAAUCCGAGUGUGCGUGUGCAGUGAGGCGUAUCUGUGAGGCUGGGUCGGCACCUCUUCCCUGUGAGUGCCUACAAACGUCAGCAUGCAUGUCCACCCUCAGGAAUGACAGAAACACUCGUGGGCGCUGGCCAGGUGGACCACUCUAACCCCAUUCUGUAGUCUCAACUCCUGCCACCACCUGAGUUUCUACCUUUCAUCCUCUGUGAAUGACAAAGAGCUUACAGAUGACCCUACUGGAAUUCGAGCACCUUUGGAAGGGGGUGUCACCUGGCUUCUCCUGGAGCAUUUGGUGGGGACAGCUGCAGAGAAGAGGCAGCAAUGCCAGGAGGCAGGCAGGGAACCAAAGCGAAUGCUGCCCAUCUCGCCACCCUGCCAGGCCCGUGUUACCAUCAUCACCAAUAGCUGGUGGGCGGUGGGCCAGGGCUGGAGCAGAGUCUCCUGACCCGACCAGCCUGGCUGCCUUCCUAGCCCAGCCAAGGCCUCUGUCCGAAAUGAGUGGCUCCAGGUUCCCAAAACACACCUCCAUCACGUCUGCUGGGUAUUGCUCCUUAAUUGUCCCAUCUGUGCAGGGUCUGUUGUCCCAGCUAGACUGUGAGCUCCUCCUCUGAGCCCUCCAACCCUUUCCCCACCCCAUCCCGCCCUUACGACCGGCACAGUGGGCCUAUCUUGGAAACACUCACCAGGCUUUGCCAGAAGGGUGGAAUCUAUCAACCGGAGCUUCCCAAGCCCAGCUGCAGGUCAGAACCAGCCAAGCGUCUGUGAGAAAGCACAGUGCUUGAGCCCACUCCAGAGGUUCUGCUUUAAUUGGACUGGCAUGUGGCCUGACAUCAUACGUAUUUGAAAGCUCCUCAGGAGAACCCAAGGGUGGGAACGACUGGCCUACCACCUGCAGGUGCUUCCUCUGUGCCCUCGGGGGUGGGGCUGAUGACUCAGAGAAGAAAAACCCUGAGAGCUUCCCCCUGAAGCUCCAUGGUGCCCAGGCCUACUUCCCUCUGGUGGUCUUUGAAUAGAUCUAUCCCCUGCCCUGGCUGCUUCACGAUGGGGACCCUGUCAUAUGUUCACCUCCAUAUCCAUAGAGUCUGAGGCAGAAAAGAUACUUGACACAUGCCAGCUGAACUGAACUGCACGCAUGCAGCCCCUGAGUUUCUGGUCUGGAGAGAGGACCUGGUGACAUAGACAGAGAAUGCAAGGCGAGCACUGCCAGAGGGAGACUGCAACAGCCCGGGGCAGCCCUGAGAGGCUGGCUGGCCUUGGGCCAACAGCUUGCCUGAGUGAGAUGCUGAGGUCCCUGGUCCUCCAGCGCAGGAGUGUGAGGUUGGUGUGUGUGUGUGUCAUGUGAGUGCCUAGGGUGUGCCAGUCUGUGUGUAUUGUGUUGCGUCAGGAGGUCUGCAAGGAAUGAGUGCCUUUGUGUGUCCCUGGGAAACUUGUAGCUCUGUGUUUGUGAGUCAGCACCUAUGUCAGUGUUGUUUGUGUUGUGAUCUUUGUAUGCCAUUGGGUGUCAGCAUCUUUGUGU